AUGGGUUUAAAGAGUCUCCUGCCUCUUCAACAGCUCUGGCUCAUUUUAAUUGAGCUUUCUCUGCUGCCUUUGGCAGAGACAUAUGAGUUCAGUAAAUGCACACAGUGUCAAUGACAUCAUGUGUUCUGCAUUCGGAAGAAGAUUGCCAACUUGACAGAUGCGGUUAGUGACAUCUCUGGAUAUGCUACUCACCUCAAUCUGACACAGAACCAAAUUCAGAUCCUUGUUCCCCAUAGCUUCGCUAAUUUGUUUGCUCUGGUGGACUUGCAACUGGAGUGGAAUUCCAUUUGGAAGAUUGGUGAGGGAGGAUUUUGGGGACUUGAAAACCUGGCCCUUUUGAAUUUAGUAGAAAAUAAGAUUCAAAGUGUGAACAACUUCUUUGAGGGCCUGUCCAACUUGGAAACCCUGCUCCUGAGCCACAAUGAAAUUACCCAUAUUUGCAAUACUGCUUUUGUCCCUGUUAUCAAAUUGAAACAUUUAAGCCUAUCUCGAAACAUUAUUACCAACUUUUCCAAUAUUCUUGAAGCAGUCCAGCAUCUUCCAUGCCUGGAAUGCCUUGAUCUUUCUAGUAACAGCAUCAUUUCCUUGAACAACAACUCCAGGUUAUUACUCUCUCUGACCCAUCUGAGCCUGCAGGGGAACAAGCUAAUGGAGUUAAAUUUCUCUACUCUGUCAUUGCCUAAUCUGACUACUCUGGAUGUUUCUCAGGAUAGCUAUCAACUCAUCCAGAAUGUGUAUCUGGAAACUCCGUCCCAACUUAGGAGUUUCAAUCUGAGUGGAACAUUGGUAAAAUUAGAGAUGCUUCCAGCCAAACACCUGCAAAAUCUAAGGGAAAUGGAUCUCAGUAACAGGAAGCUUAGAGGGGGUCACUUAAACUUGAACACAGUGUGUAACCUCCUCAGAAACUUACCCACAUUAGAAGCUUUGGUUUUUUUGAAAAAUGCCACUGAUACAAGUGGAAUAAAGCACCUUGACAACUGCACCAGGCUUUUGUCCCUUGACCUGAGUCAAAGCAGUGGUCUGGUUCACCUCAAUGACAGUGAGAGUGAUGCUGUGCCCAGUCACACAUCAUAA